GAUGAUGAUUCUAUUAGUCUAAAGAACACAGUGCAGCAAAUUUCAAAACUUGGUUAUUCAACGGUCUCCACAACAAAUGGCCAAGAUGCAGUUAGAUUAAUUGAUUCUGAGUUUAAGUUAUUAAGUAAUUCAUCUUCAAGUUCAUCUGAUUCAGAUAUAAAACAAAUAAAUUCUUGUAGAAUUUCUCUUAUUUUAUUGGAAUGUAAUUUACCAAUAAUGUCAGGCUUUGAUGUUUCACGAGCAAUUAGAGCAAUAGAGCCACCAAUUUCAAACAUACCAAUUAUUAUUUUAACGAAUUCAUUUACUGAAGAGAUACAAAAUAAAUGUAUAGAGUUAGGAAUAAAUGAUUAUCUCACAAAACCUCUAAAAACUGAAGAGCUUGAAAACAUCAUAACUAAAUGGAUUG